AUGGAUCAUAUAUACAUGUUUGUAAGUACGAGGUUUGAAUGGACAGUUGCCGUCCACACCGAUCACAUCCACACAUCCUCUGUCCACAUCACGAGAGCUCGAUGUCACGUCGUCCUCUCCACACUGGAGCUCGGACCUGUUCACCAUCGUCGUCCCUACCUAUCCUCCUGCUUCUUCCUCCCUCUCCCAAGACAUUCUCCACUGAAACUGCGGCGUCGACGACAUAUGCUUUUUGACAAAUGCCAAGACAUUCUCCCUGUCCCUUUUCGAUUCAUCUCGGAUCCACUAAAGCUUUUCACGGUGACUAUAGGUGCAUAUGAGCUCUGUUUGAGGCGUGGUUGGUGGCUACGGCUUCGCUUCGUUGAGAGGAACACGGUUAUGAAGAAGGUGGAUAAGGCAGAUGAGCUUGAUGGUGGAGGAGAUAACAAAACCGUUGUGUGGCUUGAAGACGUCGGAGCUCUCGUGGUUAGACGAUACGUAUACCACGACGUCGUUCGACUGAAUGAUCUUGAGAAGCUCAUAGAUUGUUCAUAUAUUCAGCCAUAUACAAUUAAUGGUGCCAAAGUGAUAUUCAUAAACCAAAGACCACAAUCAAGAGUUAAGGUCUCUUCAAAUGUUUGCUUCACCUGUGAUAGAAUCCUCCGAGAACCAUUCAACUUCUGUUCCCUCUCUUGCAAGGUGGAUUACUUAGUAUGUCAAGGAUAUGAUUUAUCAUGUAUUCUCUAUAGAAUUGAUGAAUCGGAUUUCACGUUUUCAAGUUUGCGAAUGAACGGACACGAUCAGCUCAGAGAGAUAUCAACAAUGGAGGACGAGACAGACGAUAUUGUGGUAAUCUCUGAUCGAUCGGAGGAAGGCAACAAUAGUAAUAAGAAGGAGAAAAGGAAGAAGAAGAAAGAGAGCAAUUACUUGCCUGGGAUGGUUCUUUCAGUUGGUAGCAGAAGAAAAGGCGCUCCUCAUAGGGCUCCUUUUUCAUAAAACAAAAAAU